UUUGAGCUUUCUUGAAAGAAACCUCUGAAACGCACAUGGUGGCAAUUGCCCCCACAAAUCCACAUCCUCCCAUCAACAAAAACAUACCAACACUCUUCUUCCCCAAACCUGAUUUUUUGAACUUUUUGACUCAGAGAGAUGGGGGCUUAAUUUAUUCUUUUUUUUAUUAUUAUUAUUAAUUUGAUUUCUCAAUACUAAUUAAUCCCAUACUAGAUUCCUACGGUGGUUGAGCUAUCUAUCCUUUCUCGGAACUACCCACCAUUAAUUCAAGACUCUCCCUCCAGCUUUCCUUGCAUUUCUUUCUUGUAGUUGCUCUUAUAUUAACUCUAGUGGUCUAGCUUCCCCAUUCCUCAGGUUAAUACCCAAAACUUUUCCUUUUCCUCUAGCUUUCUCCCACUCCUUUUCAGACCCAAAAUCUUUUCUAGGCCUUGCUUUUUUUUUUUUAAGAAAAUUUCUUUUUCGGUGAUUCUAGUUCAGCUUCUCGUCACAUAUAUAGACAACAAACCCAUAUUGCUUAAGACCAUCAAAAGGAGAGUUACGAGAGACAAUAUGGAUAAGGAUAGUAUAGAGAUGGAUAAAGAGAGGCUGACGGCGGAAAUGGCAUUCAAAGACUCCUCCGCCGUCAUCAAAAUCCGGCAAAGAUUGCCUGACUUCCUGCAAUCUGUAAAGCUUAAGUAUGUAAAGUUAGGUUAUGGUUAUUCAUGUAACCCCGCCACUAUUCUCACGUUUGCUCUAAUCCUACCGCUUUUCAUUGCCACGCUGCUUCAGUUCACUGGUCUAAAAUUGGACCGGAUUUCCGAGUUAUGGACCAACCCAGCCCUUCGACUUGAUAGCAUUGAUGCUGCUACAAGACUUGCCGGUUCAUUAGUCCUGUUCGUCCUCUUUGGUCUCUACUAUGCAAAGCGGUCCAGGCCGGUUUAUCUCGUCGACUUCGCCUGUUUUAAACCUGAAGAUGAUCGGAAAAUGUCAAUUGACUCGUUCAUUAACAUGACUGAAGAUACCGGAGCUUUCACGGAGGAAACGCUUCAAUUUCAAAGAAGGAUAUCGACCCGGUCCGGUCUAGGCGAUGAGACGUAUUUCCCAAGAGGGAUAACAUCAAGACCACCAAAGCUGUGCUUCGAAGAGGCUCGAUCUGAGGCAGAAGCUGUCAUGUUCGGAGCACUCGACUCACUUUUUGAGAAAACUGGAGUCAAACCGAAGGAUAUUGGCAUCCUUAUCGUGAAUUGCAGCUUAUUUAGUCCAACUCCAUCUCUCUCAGCCAUGAUAGUCAACCAUUACAAGCUACGUACUGAUAUCAAGAGCUAUAAUCUUGGUGGAAUGGGCUGCAGCGCAGGCCUUAUAUCAAUUGAGCUCGCUAAAAAUCUCCUUCAAGCCAAUCCUAACACGUAUGCCGUUGUGGUGAGCACCGAAAACAUUACUCUGAAUUGGUAUUUCGGCAAUGACCGGUCCAUGUUGCUAUGCAAUUGCAUAUUCCGCAUGGGCGGAGCCGCUGUGCUCUUGUCAAACAAGGCACGAGACAGGGCUCGCUCCAAGUACCAGCUCGUUCACCUGGUUCGAACCCAUAAAGGCGCGGAUGAUAAAUAUUACAACUGCGUGUACCAAAGAGAGGACGACAAAGGAACUAUCGGGGUUUCAUUGGCUCGUGAAUUGAUGGCUGUGGCAGGAGACGCAUUAAAAACCAAUAUCACCACUCUGGGUCCCCUUGUUUUACCAUUCACGGAACAGUUCAUAUUCUUUCUUACCCUUGUUCGAAGGAAGAUUUUCAAAGCCAAAGUUAAGCCUUAUAUACCUGAUUUCAAGCUUGCUUUCGAGCAUUUUUGUAUCCAUGCUGGAGGAAGGGCGGUUUUGGAUGAAGUGCAGAAGAAUUUGCAGCUAACAGAUUGGCACCUGGAGCCUUCAAGGAUGACUCUACAUAGAUUUGGAAAUACUUCUAGUAGCUCACUGUGGUAUGAGUUGGCUUAUACGGAGGCUAAAGGUCGGGUCUCCGGUGGUGACCGGGUUUGGCAGAUUGCAUUCGGGUCGGGUUUCAAGUGUAACAGUGCUCUUUGGAGAGCUCUUAGGUCUACCCCAGAGAGUGAGUCAAGGGGUAACCCGUGGAAGGAUGAAAUUGAGAAGUAUCCGGUGAAGGUUCCUCUUGUUUGAUUGAUUGAUAUCUCCAAGUAGUGGUACCAAUUAACUGGAUGUGAAGCACACCAACGGUGCCCUGGCUGAGGGCUGUGGGGUUUUCUCUUGUCUACUAUUGUUCUGCUAAUCUCUCUUUCUCUUUUUUUUUUUUGUAAUUUCCUUUUCUUAGAGGAUUAUGAUUUACUCAGUGAUGACGGGUAGUUGAAAGGGAAAACGAUAUUAACCCCACAACAUUUGAAUUUGAUGCGGUAAGAAAUUAUUUUUAGUUAAUGGAAAUAUAAUUAUUUUGUUAUUUUAUUCUAAUA